AUGAGCGUGGCAAAGCUAGAGGACCUCCCAGAGGAUAUCCUGGUCCUCAUCUUCCCUUUCCUCAGUGUCCCAGACUUCCUCUCACUUUGCACUGUCAACAAGUAUUUCCACGAAGUAUUCUUGAAGAACCCCGAGUUCUGGCGCGAGAAGACCACCAAGUCGUUUCGAAUACCUGUUCAACCAAUUCUACGCGCCAAUGGACCGCGAUGGUACUGGCUGUAUAAGAAUCUUCGCAAGACCAGGGUUUAUGAAUGGGGAGGAUCUGGUCGGGCGUUGCACAGCUCAUCCGCUAGGGCGUGGCCAGCUAAGUCCCUGGCAACCGUCGGGAUUGGGAAUAUUGUCGAUUUACAGUGCGGUGGCUGGUCAACUACUUGCUUAACAUCUGACGGUGCACUGCACGUUUCUGGUCGGAUAGAUGGGUUGGAAUUUGAUUAUGAAAGUAUCCUUGGCUACAAACGUCUCUCCUUUAACCCCGAAUACCCGGCCACUACAGCAGAUUCAUAUCAAAAAGCAACGGCUAUCAAGCAGUUUUCAGCUGGCAGACGUCAUGUUCUUGCAUUGUCAGAUGAAGGUAUUAUAUGGAGCUGGUUCCAUCGGGACAAGGAAGCUAAACCUAUCGAGUUUUCUUGCGCCAGAACGAUCUUAAACUCGCAAGAUCCCUCCACGCCAGGAACAGUCACAAGGGUCGUUGCUGGUUGGGAUGUGAAUUCCGUAUUCAUUGCAGGGACUGGAAUCGUUUAUUGGAAACUCCCAGCCCACCAAUCCGCUCACGAAGGCGUUGACGGGAAUAUGGUCGCUGGUAAAAUUGUCCCAGGUACCGGUUUCAACCGGUCAAAAUCUGACAGGAAACAACUGGACGAUGCAGAUGUUGGGCCAGGGGAAGUUACUAACCAUAUAGUUCUUGAGCACCACAUUGUUUUCAUUACAGGCCUGAAUAAUGUGUACGCAAUGAACAUAAAGGAGGAGCAGGUGAUUAAGUUGCCCAAGUUUAGCGCACCGGGCAGAAUCCUGCAGGAUAUCCAGGGGGCUUUCCGCAAUUUUGCAGUCUUUACCUCUGCAGGGGACGUGAUGGUGGGAAAUAGCAACCUUCUCAGUGCUUGGUUUGCCAACGCCAAAAAUCCAGAUAAUGCACCGUCCCCAGAAUUCCCUGCAGGACUACAACAUAGCGGUGUAAUAUCGGUUUCGUUUGGCGACUAUCACUACACUGCUCUCCACUCCGACGGCAAAAUUUCUUCUUAUGGGAGAGAGCCUAGAGGCUGCGGCGCACUUGGCCUAGGAAGUGUCAUGGGGGGUAUCCCUUUCAGGGGCCUCACAAUGGACGAUGAGGACCGUCGCUAUAGCGAUGCAUACUUUUUCCCGUACGCCAGAGAUAAAAGACAUAAUGUCUGGUUUGAGCCCGAGAAGCAGGAAUGGCUCGUCCACUUAUCCGAUGUAGCCGUACCCCGGGAUGGCAGUUCAGAUUGGAUUAUGCCUCUGAGGGAGAAUCGCCAGGGCAUCAUGAAGAAAUACAGUACCUGCAUAGAAAGGGCCGGGGACAACUGGGGCAACUUUCCAGAUAUCAAAGCCAGGGACCCGGAUGGUCUGGGAGCUUAUUUUGCACUCAGCGUCGCAUCUGCGGGAUGGCAAACCGCUGCUCUCGUCCUUGUGAAUGACGAGCUAGCUGGAGCUGUUCGACGCAAGCAUCUCAUCGAUCCCGAACAGAACGGUAAUUUUUAUGGUAAGUCCAAACUUGAGCAUCCACAGCCCCAUACCUAUGCGAGUCACGUCACUGUGGGGUAA